AUGAAACGAAAGAGAUGUGACAUGGAAGAGACGACGAAGAAGAAGAAGAUGACAGAGAUUGGAUCCGCCAUUGAAGAACUCUCUGUUCUUUCCAUAGCCAAGACAACAAUAGUUACCACCGAAACAGAAGCCACCACCAUCAUCAAUUUACCGUUAAAGCCUCUCCUCUGUUUCUGCAAAUUAAUCAUCCAAGUUCUUGAUAAGAUUGGCCCGACAAUGGCUGUUCUCCGACAAGACAUUGAUCAAAAUAUUCAAAGAUUAGAGAAGAUGUGGGAAUCUGAUCCUAUUGUGUACUCAAAUUUGGUUGAAAUACUGAGAAAAGAAGCCAAUGAAGGAUCCAGUAAGAAGCCUAAAAGCUGUAGCAGAGCUGCUCUUUGGCUAACCAGAGCCAUGGAUUUUACAUUGGCGCUAUUGCAACGGCUGGUCAAAGACAUGUCACAAAACAUGGAACAAGCCGUACUAGAAAGUUAUAACUUGACCAUAAAACCAUGGCAUGGAUGGAUCUCUUCAGCUGCUUUCAAGGUGGCUCUUAAGCUGGUACCAAACAACAAGACAUUCAUCGAUGUGCUUGGUGCUAAAGACGAGAGUCAUCAUAUGGUCCAAGAUGAUAUAAGAAGUUUAAUUUCGUUGCUCAUUCCACUUCUAAGCCAACUCCAUUCUAUUUUGGUAAGAAUUAUACGAAGUGCACAAACUAAAGUCAACGUGAGAAUUAAAGAGAACCGAAGAGAAGGAGUUAAGGGUAUAGUUUGGUUGUAA